GAUAGGUAGGUAGGUCGAUAGAUAGAUAGAUAGAUAGAUAGAUAGAUAGAUAGAUAGAUAGAUAUAAUGAGGGAUGACACACUACCAUCAGGAUACAUCUUUUUCAAUGACUUAAUUUAUUUAAUUUUUGUUCAACCCCUUCAGACAUGGAAACACCUUUGAUCCUUUUCUGUCUGCUUGCAGUGUGUGUAGGUGUUCAUCCUUUGGAGUCUGUGAUCCAGAUGUCUGGAUAUGUAGGCAGAUCAGCAGUGAUCAGAUGCCCCUAUGAUAGAGGAUAUGUGGGAUAUUCCAAGUACCUUUGCAGAGGAAAGUGCAUCUGGGGGAGUAAAGACAUUCCUGUCAGGACUGAAGCCGGUCAGACCAAAGCAAUCAAUGGAAGAUUCUCUCUGCAUGAUGACACCACUGCUGGAGUCUUCACUGUGACCAUCACUGGACUGAGUGCAGGGGAUUCUGGACAGUACUGGUGUGGAGUUACCACAGGAGCUGGGAGAUAUGAUGUGUUCACUGAAGUGAAGUUAAAUGUUAAAAAAGGUCCCCCUCCCACCCCAAACCCAGCACGUGUGUCCUCCACUGAACACCAAACUGUCUCAUCAUCACCUUCAUUUUCUCCUCCACCUUCCAACACCUCCCAGUCUGGGCAUGUUGAGAAGACAACCAUCAGUGUCCAACCAACUGCUGCAUCAGAGCAUCAGAUGGACCCAGAAGACUCUGUUGUCAUGGUGAUCCUGUGUAUUCUGGUGCUGCUGGUCGUGGUGACGGUGUGUGGGUUAGUUUCAGCCCUCUACUACAGACAGAGGAGGAGGAAGCAGACAGCAGCAUGUGGCCCAUCCAGCCUGAUGCACACCAGUGAUCACGUGGAGGAGCCCAAUGAUUACCAGAUGUCUGAGGAGCUGGGCAGCAUUCCAGUAACCAGGGCAACGGUCAGCAGCCUCUACUGCCAUGCAAGUGCACCUCCCCGUCCCUCAGUGACCUCACUGUGUUCCACUGUCAAGCCAGCCACACAAGGCUCAGACCAGCCCAUCUACUGCAACUCCCAGGAAGACAACAUCAUCUACUCCAAUUUCGUCUGAAGAGACUGCAUCCCCCACAAUGCAGUAUGCAGUGUACAGUGUAGUUGCACCACAAAUGGGUAACACUGGUGACAGUCCAUCUGCGCCAGUGCAGAACAGGGAGGGUAAUUUCUACUCAGAAAUAUGGUUCCCCGAAAUGUGAGUCAAAGUAACACAUUUUGAUUUUGUAUUUGUAUUUAAAUAUGUAGGUGGGUUUAAACUGUAAAUAGUAUGACACAGCUCUCUGCA